AUGUUGACAUCAAUGCAAAGUUGUGUUGUCUCUUCACCUCUAUUAUUGCAAGCUAGCUGUACAAGUCAGACUCAAGGACGGAUUCAGCAUUUUAGACCAAACAUAGUUGGGAUGCAGCCCUUACCAUAUAGAAUUGCAAAAGGAAAACUUCGGACUGCAACUUUUCAAAGUUCAUCAUCUCGAUUCAAAUGUGGUGCUGCUAUGAAUGUUACAUGCUAUGCUGCUGGUGCAACCCAAACUGUAACCCGCGAUGCUCGGACAAUUACGGUUACUCCUGAGAAAGUGAAGAGCCCUAGACUUGAUGACAAUGGGCCUGGAUUACCACCUCGCGACGAUGAUGGCAACGGUGGUAAUGGAGGCGGUGGUGGCGGUAAUUUUUCAGGUGGACUAGCCCUUUUGGGUAUUCUUGGUAUCCUAGACAUUCUCAAAGACAUAGAGGGUGAAUUGCAACGCAAAGCCAAUGAUAGCAGAUUUGAUGAAGCUUGA